AUGAUGAAAACGGAGUCUUCGGGAGAAAGAUCCACUCUCCGAGAAAAAAAAAGGAAUGCCUACAGGACGGAGUUCCAGGCGCUGAAAAGCACCUUUGACAAGCCCAAGUCAGAUGGAGACCAGAAAUCGAAAGAGGAAGGAGAGGCCUCCCAGAGCAGGGGGAGGAAGUAUGGCUCCAAUGUCAAUAGGAUCAAGAACUUAUUUAUGCAGAUGGGCAUGGAGCCCACUGAAAGCGCUGGAGUUACCCCCAAAACAAGGGGGAAGGGUGGCCCUCCAUCACCUCAAAGGCGUAUUAGGCCCAAAGAAUUUGUAGAAAAAGCAGAUGGUUCCAUUGUAAAACUGGAAUCUUCCGUUUCAGAGAGGAUUAGUAGGUUUGAUACUAUCCAUGAUGGUCCUUCUUACUCCAAGUUUACCGAAACUCGAAAGAUGUUUGAGCGAAACGCUCAUGAAACGGGACAUUCCCAUCGCUAUUCCCCAAAGAAAGAGAAAGCGGUUUCCAAUGAGCUUCCGGAUGAGUGGUGCAGCUCUAAAUCCCACAGAGGCAGCACUGAUUCCCUGGACAGCCUUAGCCCAAGGACAGAGACUGUCUCUCCGACUGUGAGUCAGCUCAGUGCAGUGUUUGAAAACACCGACUCACACAAUGUAAUUGUUUUAGAGAAGUCGGAGAACAAUGAAGAAUACUCUGUAACGGGUCACUAUCCGCUAAACCUGUCUCCUACCGUUGCUAAUAUCUCCUCCCCUGCUGCGAACCUGGAGGGGUUCAGUCCUUUGAAAGAGGCCAGCACGUGGUCGCCACCAGCCUCACAAAGUACGGGCUUGGUGUCUGCGGAGAACUCCCAGCAAAACAGCACAUCUUCCACACCCAGGCAGAAGACAUCCGCAGGCACUUUGUCGGGUUCCAAAACAGCUGAGGAAAUCAAGAAGAAAGCAGAGGCUGAUUCUGCUGAGAACUGUGUGGGGCGCCCGCAGGAUCAGGCCAGCGUCCCUGACAGCGAGAGGGCUGUGGACAGUUGUGCUAGGAAUAAGCCCAGAACGGACACAGAGGUCUUCUUGGGACAAAAGGAACAGUCAGAAAAUGCAGAGGGUUUCUCUGAUAGACCUGAAGCUGCAGAAGUAUCAAGAAAUUCAGUGUCAGGUGGUGAUUUUGCAGCAGAGGCUGUUUCAGAUGCUACCGAGUCGCACUACGAUGAGACAAAUGAGAAGGAAGGAAACGAAGACGGGAACAGUUUUCAGAGCUCCCAUGUGUACAUGCACUCUGACUACAACGUGUACAGGGUACGAUCCAGGUAUAAUGCUGACUGGGGAGAGACAGGUACAGAACAGGAUGAUCAGGAUGACAGUGAUGAAAACAAUUGUUAUGAACCCGAUAUGGAAUACUCUGAAAUUAAUGGAUUGCCAGAUGAGGAUGAAAUCCCAGCAAACAGAAAAAUACAGUUUAGCCGUGCUCCAAUUAAGGUUUUCAAUACAUACUCCAAUGAAGACUAUGACAGGAGAAACGAUGAAGUCGACCCAGUGGCUGCAUCAGCUGAAUAUGAACUUGAAAAGCGUGUGGAAAAGUUGGAGCUUUUCCCAGCUGAGCUAGAAAAAGAUGAAGAUGGACUUGGCAUAAGCAUUAUUGGAAUGGGAGUUGGAGCAGAUGCAGGCCUUGAAAAACUGGGAAUAUUUGUCAAAACAGUAACAGAAGGUGGGGCAGCAGAAAGGGAUGGCAGGAUCCAAGUGAAUGACCAAAUCGUAGAAGUAGAUGGCAUCAGUCUGGUUGGUGUUACACAGAAUUUUGCAGCAACUGUUCUUAGAAACACCAAGGGGAAAGUCAGGUUUGUGAUUGGACGAGAAAAACCGGGACAAGUCAGCGAGGUUGCGCAGCUGAUUAGCCAGACUCUGGAACAGGAACGGCGCCAGAGAGAGCUCCUCGAGCAGCAUUACGCCCAGUACGAUGCAGAUGACGAUGAGACAGGGGAAUAUGCUACAGAUGAGGAAGAUGAAGACAUGGGGCCUGUCCUUCCAGGAGGCGACGUGGCCAUUGAAGUGUUCGAUCUUCCUGAAAACGAUGACAUGUUCUCCCCCAGCGACCUGGACACCGGCAAGCUUGCGCACAAGUUCAAAGAGUUGCAAAUCAAACAUGCAGUUACAGAAGCUGAAAUUCAGAAGCUGAAGACGAAGCUACAGGCUGCUGAGAACGAGAAAGUGAGGUGGGAAGUGGAGAAGACCCAACUCCAACAGAACAUUGAGGAGAAUAAGGAAAGGAUGAUGAAAUUAGAGAGUUACUGGAUUGAGGCACAAACUUUGUGUCACACUGUGAAUGAGCACCUCAAGGAGACGCAAAGCCAGUAUCAGGCUCUGGAGAAGAAAUAUAACAAGGCAAAGAAAUUAAUCAAGGAUUUUCAGCAAAAAGAACUUGACUUCAUUAAACGCCAGGAAGCUGAACGAAAGAAAAUAGAAGAUUUGGAGAAAGAACAUCUGGCAGAGGUUCAAGGCUUGCAAACUCGUAUACGAGACUUGGAAGCAGAAGUUUUCAGGCUAUUGAAGCAAAAUGGGAGCCAGGUUAACAACAACAACAACAUUUUUGAAAGGCAGACAUCUUUUGGAGAAGUUUCUAGAGGAGAUCCAGUGGAAAAUCUAGAUACUAAGCAGGUGUCCUGUCUGGAUGGCUUAAGUCAAGAUUUCAAUGAAGCAGUGCCCGAAACAGAGAGACUGGACUCUAAAGCCCUGAAAACUCGAGCCCAACUUUCAGUGAAGAACAAGCGUCAGAGGCCUACUAGGACGAGGCUCUACGACAGUAUCAGUUCAACUGAUGGAGAGGACAGCCUUGAACGAAAGCCGUCAGACAGUUACAGUAGUCCCAUGCACAUUUCCAAAACAGCCCUGCCCUUAUGUGUGAGAGCAUCCUCACCAGCAUCAGAUUCUGGUGCUUCCUCCCUCUCCCCAGUGGCUAGCAGUGCAGCAUUCACAUAUGACAAGCUAACAGAGAACCAAGAAGAAGGACAGCAGCACCAAGGAGGUGCCUUUUCCCCUCUUGUUUGGGGGCCCUCACCUCUCCCCUCUCCUUCACAAUCUGCGCACAGCUCUGAAGCGUCGUCUUUCCAUCACCCAGCUGGCGGGAAUGUUUUACAAGAUGAAGAUGGUGCCACAUGUGCCCAGGCAAUAAGAACAACUAGGCCUACUAUGGGGCAGGCAGAAAAGCUAAAGCGAAAACUUGCAGAUCUUGGGGCUCCCUUGAGAAGGAGUUCAAACAAGGGAAAGAAGUGGAAGGAGAAAGAAGCUCUUAGGGUCACCUGUGGCAGUAGGGCCACCAGAGAGAUGCUGCAGAAAUCAGCAAACAGUAAAUCUUUCCCAGAGCGAUCCUCCUCUCUCCCACACCGUGUACCAUUCACACGGUAUGGAGAGAGUAGCAAGGGGUCCAAUUCUUCUAGCAACCUGCCAUCACCUACCAGCUCCACUGAACCUUCUUCUGAAAAUUUAAGUCCAGCUAAAAAAGGGGCAAAGAAUUUCACAUUCAAUGAUGACUUCAGUCCUAGCAGCACGAGUUCGGCUGAUUUGAGUGGUUUAGGAGCAGAACCCAAACCCCCAGGUUUCUCACACUCCUUAGCACUGUCAUCAGAUGAGAUCCUUGACGACGGACAGUCUCCUAAGCACAGCCAGUGUCAGAACCGCGCUGUGCGGGAGUGGAGCGUGCAGCAGGUUUCCCACUGGUUAAUGAGCCUCAACCUUGAGCAGUAUGUUUCUGAAUUCAGUGCCCAAAACAUCAAUGGGGAGCAUCUCCUUCAACUGGAUGGGAGUAAGCUCAAGGCUCUUGGUAUGACAUCUUCCCAGGACAGAGCAAUCAUUAAAAAGAAGCUGAAGGAAAUGAAAACAACCAUGGAGAAAGCUCGCAAAGCUCAAGAGAAAAUGGAGAAGCAAAGGGAAAAGCUUAGGAAGAAGGAACAAGAGCAGCUGCAAAGGAAAUCAAAGAGAACAGACAAGUCUCCCUCAGAUGCAACAGAGGGCACUAACGAGCAGUGACAAGCAGGAC